AUGUCGCUUUGUCCGUCGUCGUCUCAUCAGCUUGUCGCAGCGGCGAUCGCUUUUCGACGUGCUCGCCGCAAAUUUCCAAAGGAUUUCGGCCUCGAAAGCACCAUCGAAUGUGCAUCCGGAAUUACAAAGACGCAGGAAACCACGACGAGCCGCGAAGGGCCUAUCAAUCAAAUCAGAUCGAGCUCCACGUUGAUGAAACGCGCAUACAACUCGAGAUCCGAUCAUGUUUGUCCAGCAAGCAUGCGGAAUCACGACUCUGACGAUCAUUUCUACAACAAGGAGAACUCGAUCAUUUGUAGUUGCUACCGGACAAGAAACGUCGGCGAGGACAUUUCGGAACUGCGGGAUGAGUGCAGUGGUGGAGAUGCGGUCGAUACCGUGCCAAGUAGAGAACGCGAGGAGUUUGCGUCAUCGGACGCCGAUCGUAAAAAUGAAUUUGUGAAAUUAGUCGACCGAGACAGAUGUGAGACGCGCGAGAACGGCAUCUCCGGCGAGAAAGCUCAACACAAAAGCUGGCGCGAUCAGAUGCGAGGCGAGAAUAGUCGAUUGUACGCGCGGCAGUGUUACUCGAAGGAGUAUUCUGGAAUAAUACCCGCCUCUCGUGAGCGAAACGAUGAGGAACGCAAGAAGAAGAAGAACGACGACGACGAAGACGAAGACGACGACGAUAGCAUGGUUGUUAUCAAUCACAAGGACUCCAUGUGCAUCCUCGCUGAAAAAUAUAAAGCCAGCAGGAAGUGGCGCGGCAGAAGGUGCGGGGAUAGAGCGCAAUCGGGGGACAGGACAGGGAACAAGGAUGAGUGUAACAAAUCGUUGACUUCGGAAAUCAUCGAUCAGCCGGGAUCGUCGCUGGAGAUCGUAAACGCGGUUUCGCACGAGGGACCGAGGAUGAGACACAGUUGCCGAGCUGCACAUUGCGAGAACUGCGGAACCGCCGCGAUCGUAAGAAUAUGUGGUCGUGUAUGUAGUCAACACGAGCCGCCAGAGGAUGAAUUCGACCGAUUGAAGCUGCCUUUGAACGAGACGGUUGUCACCCACUGUUGCUCAAGUCGACCGCCUUGUAGACGUGUCUUCUAA